AUGCUUCAUACCAUGGCGUCAAAAACCAUUCUGAUUACCGCCUCUAGCGGAUCGAUUGGCAAGGCGACAAUCAAGGCGCUCGGCAAGACACCUGACAGCUUCACCGUGAAAGCCGGCGUACGCGACCCCACGAAAUCCGCCGACCUCGCCGCACUCGCCACCAACGCUUCUCCCGUCGCUGCGGACCCGCUGAAAGAGGCGGAAAUCGCGGCAGCGCUUCAGGGAGUGGAUUACGUGUUCGUGAUUGCUCCUGGCCACGCCGACCGUCAGAAGAUUGCCAUUGCCGCCAUUGACGCUGCUAAGGCUGCAGGCGCGAAGUUCAUCCUAGUCCUCUCAGUCUCCACUGCUGACCUCACCGACACGAUCUUUGGCGGGCAGUUUGCGCCUGUGGAGGCACACACUAAGGCGUCUGGCGUGCCGUUCACCAUCAUCCGUCUGCCACUGUUCAUGGAGAAUAACUACGGCUUUGCGGGAAGCAUCAAGGACGCGAGCGCCAUUUAUUCGUCGUACGAGCCUGACAAGCCGUUCACUGCAGUUUCUGUGGACGAUGUGGGGGAAGCUGCAGCAAAAAUCUUUGCUGAUCCGGAGGCACACAAGGGAAAGACUUACAACCUGGCUGGGCCGUCUGCUACUGCCACUGAUAUCGCACAGGCCUUUUCCAGUGCUCUCGGCAAAACUGUCUCAUACAACUUCGUUCCUUACGAGGCAAGCAAGGACUGGUUGACGAACAAUGGUUUUCCGGAGUGGCAAGCUGAUGGGGUGAUUGAGCUCUUCAAAUCCAUCAAUGCAGGGGCUGUACAAACCAAUGAUCCUGCUAAUGGGAAGACUCUGGAGAACAUUCUGGGACAUCCCCCAACUUCUGUGAAUGCUUGGGUAGAUGCGCAUGCUGCAGCUUUCAAGUAG